AUGUUCGGCAGUGCUCUGGCUGGAAUCGAGGUUGGGAAAGCAGAAGGACAACAGCAGCAGCAGCAGCACCACUACCACCACCACCAGAAGCAGCACCACCAACGACGACAAGACGAGCAGCACCACCCCGGCCAGCCCCAAGGACGGAUUGCGGGUCUGCAUGUGGAGGGGCGAGGCCAGAAGCAGCACCGACAAGCGCCGAGCAGCAGCAGCAGCAGCAGCACCGACCAGCCCCCGUCGCUUAUAAGGAGCAGUGGCGGUCCUGUCCUCCCCCGAGCCCGCCGCCGGGUGGUCACCAUCCCGUCGCCCUGCGCCUCGUUCCUGUGGUACCUAGCGAGAUCGCGCCCGCCGCCGCCGCUACCGCCGCUUCAGCCUCCCGAACCGCAGCGAAAGCCACGGCUGGUCUGGCCGGGGCCCGUUCCGCCGCCGCCACCGCCACCGCCGCUGAUAGACUACGCCGCCCGGCCAGCUGAGCGUGCCGCACUACCGCCACCAGUGCUGCCAAAGCCGCAACUGCCGAUCCCGCAAAUGACCGCCGACAUGGCCAGCACGCCACCCGCAAACGGGGCUGCCGCGCCCCCGCCGAUCCCCGAAAAGGUUGUCGUUUCCGGGCCGGUCAUAGGUACGUUUUUGUGA